GAUUUUGGGAUUAAUGCAUAUUGGCGCUGCGGUAUAAGCUAUGAGCGCUGCUUCUUCUGAACUGAAUCGGCUUCUCUCUGACAAAACUGUCAAGUCCAAAACCGAACCCAAAAACGCCAGAGUCUUAACAACCGUCAUCCUCAACCAUCUCAAAGCCAAUCGUCUCCAAAAAGCCGUUUCAAUUCUGUUUUCAUCUCCUUUCCCUGUCGAUUAUUCUCUCUAUGCCCAUCUCAUCCAGCUUUGCUCUUCGAGUCUUGCAAUUGUGGAGGCUCGAAAAGUUGAAUCCCAUUUGGUAACAUUCUCUCCAAGGCCACCAAUUUAUAUUUUGAAUCGUGCCAUUGAGACUUAUGGGAAAUGUGGUUGUUUGGCGGAUGCAAAAGGACUGUUUGAUGAAAUGCCUGAGAGAGAUGGUGGGUCUUGGAAUGCAAUUAUUAGAGCUUAUUCACAAUGUGGGAGCUCUGAGAAAGCUUUGGAUUUGUUUAAGGAUAUGAGAAGGGAAGGAGUUGUUACUAAUGAGAUUACAUUUGCUAGUGUUUUGGGGUCUUGUAGUGAUGCGUUGGCGCUUUCUUUUUCAAGGCAAAUUCAUGGGCUUAUAGUGAAAUAUGGGUUUUAUAGGAAUGUGAUUUUGGGAAGUGCACUUGUUGAUGUGUAUGGCAAGUGCAAGGCUAUGAGUGAAGCGAGGUUGAUGUUUGAUGAGAUUGAGAAUGCUAAUGAUGUUACUUGGAAUGUGAUCGUUAGGAGGUAUCUUGAGGCAGGCAAUGAAAGGGAGGCGGUGGCAAUGUUUUUUAAGAUGUUUAAUACAAAUGUUAGGCCAUUAAGUUUUACCUUCUCUAAUGCACUCAUUGCUUGUUCAGUUAUGCAUGCAAUCCAGGAGGGGAUGCAGAUUCAUGGAGUUGCAAUCAAGGCCAACUUUGACGAAAAUGAGGCAGUUUCAUGUUCUCUAAGUAAAAUGUAUGCUAACUGUGGGAAAAUAGAGAGUGCACGCUUGGUUUUUGACCAAUCUGGUUCGAGAGAUUUGAUAUCUUGGACAUCAAUGGUGUCAGCUUAUGCAAUGAGUGGGAGAACAAGAGAGGCAAGAGAACUUUUCGAAGAGAUGCCUGAACGUAGUUUGAUCUCAUGGAAUGCUAUGUUGGCAGGCUACUCUCGUUCUUUCCAAUGGAAUGAGGCCUUGGAAUUUUUUUGUUCGAUGCGCAGGACAACUGAAGACCUUGACCAAAUUACCUUGAGAUUGCUGUUAAAUGUGUGUGCUGGCCUUUCGGAUGUCGAAAUAGGAAAACAUGUUCAUGGGUUCAUUUAUAGACAUGGUUUCAGUUCUAACCUCCUUGUUGGCAAUGCGCUUCUUGACAUGUAUGGAAAAUGUGGGAACUUCAGAAGUGCUAGAGUUUGGUUUUACCAAAUGAGUCAAUCCCGGGAUAGCAUUUCCUGGAAUGCAUUGUUAACUAGCUAUGCCCGCCACCACCAGAGUGAACAAGCUAUGGUUAUGUUUGGCGAGAUGCAAUGGGAGACAAAACCUGAUAGCUUCACCUUCGGAACUCUAUUGGCUGCUUGUGCAAACAUUUUUGCUCUUGAUCAGGGAAAACAAAUACAUGGGUUCGUGAUUAGAAACAACUACGAAAUAGAUAUUGUGAUGAGUGGAGCUCUAGUAAACAUGUAUUGCAAAUGUCGUUAUAUUGCUUAUGCUCUGAGAGUCUUCAGAGACACAUCUUCCCGUGAUUUGGUUCUUUGGAACUCCAUAAUACUGGGAUGCUGUCACAACGGAAGAGGCAAAGAGGUACUCAAAUUGUUUAGAGUGAUGCAGGAGGAAGGUGUUAAGCCAGACCAUGCUACCAUUCAAGGUCUGUUGCUUGCUUGCAUGUUCGAGGGUCAUGUCGAGUUAGCUAGCCAGUAUUUCGAUUCAAUGGGCAAGGAAUAUUGCAUAAUACCGCGGUUGGAGCACUAUGAAUGUAUGAUAGAAAUCUUCAGCCGGUAUCGGUGCAUGAAUGAGCUAGAGGAUUUUGUGAAGGGGAUGCCAUUUGAUCCCACUGCCCCUAUGCUGAUGAGAGUUUUUGAUGCUUGUAAAGAGCAUGGAUGCUCAAGAUUGGGAAAAUGGGCUGCUGAACAGCUUAACAAACUGAAUCCUUCAACUCCUUUCCGAUUUAAACUCAGGGAGAAACUAAAUAGUUAACUUUGAAAAAAAUAAUAAAAUAUCAUUAUUGUAUUAUUUGAUGUAACAGUAAAUUUAUCAAAUAUAUGAAAAAUAAUGAAAAUAUUAUUAUUUUAUUCGCACUAGAAAUAUUUGUGUAUUGUUCUCUAACAAUAUUUUCAAAAUUGACCCAUAAAAAUAUCCAAAAUCUAUAUGAAAUGAACAACAUUUGUAAGAAUACAAAUUCAGCUCAACAAGAAAGCAACACGAUUUCAUAUCUCAGAGCUCAAUCUACAUAUGAAAGUAAGUCUGAAUCCAAAUCAAGAAAGCAAAACAUAUAUAGGUAUUUGUACAGAAUUUUAAACAUUGUUACGCUACAACUUGACCAUAUGCGACUAGUUUAAACGUUCUUCUAUGUUU